AAACCAAGGUGACAGUAAAACAAAUUUGUUUUAAAACAGAUCUUCUUCUUUAGUAUACAGAGACUACAUAAAAACCAUGGAAUACCAGAAUUACCUCCGCAAGGUUGGACAUGAAGGCUUCCAAAUCAUAGACGCCUGCCAACAUCAGAUGCAAAGCUGCAAGUAUGUUUAUCCCCGGCCUCAGACUUACACGGUGUUGCAGGAGCCUUUUGGCAAUUCCACAACUUAUGUUUAUCAGGUACAAGCCAAAGUUCCUGCAGGAAAGGCCCCAGUACCACCAUCAAAAGAUGUUGCUUUCAGUGGCAAUGGCAGGAACGGGGGUAUUCUUACCAGUGACCAGGCAGCUAAAGUCUAUGGUGGGUUCGUAAGUAAGGAGUACUAUUGGUAAAGUUAAAACGAUACCAAAUUACCAAUAGGAUUAUCAACUUUGUGGUACAAAAAAUAAGUACUAGCUAGUCUACUAUGAUUACUUGUAGUUUCCUAGACAUAUAGAGCAGCACUGAGAGCAACACAAUGUAUUUAUAUCUGUUACCCUUUGCAGCUUUAAAAUCAGCUCUGUUUGUAAGGUUGUGGUGCUUGAUUAAAUAUGUUAUGUCUUG